AAUACAAAGACCCCAAGAAGACGAACAGGAAUGAAAUGACACCCAUUGCACUCCCGCGCUUCAUUUCAUAACUUUUUGACCAAAGACCUGCAGUACAUGAAAUGACACCACCACCCAUAUACCCAUACCAUACGCUCCCACUUCAUUUCAAAACUUUGUGACCAGCAGUACAACUCUUCAAGCAGCCAAAGAACAACCCUAUAGGUAAACUUUCUUAAGUUUUACCUGUUUGCGUGCUUGAUCUUGAGCAUUUUCUGGUGUGAAAGCAACAAUUCUAAAAUGGAAGCUCAAGGAUUACCUUUGGAUAGGAUCAGCAGCUUUCCUCCAAAUAUAAUACACACAAUUCUUACUCGUAUGCCAUUACGAGACGCAUUCAGAACAAGUACUCUAUCUCACAAUUGGAGAUAUCAUUGUCGAAAUAUUCCCAAGCUCCGGUUUGAUCAUCAAACCUUAGCAGUCAAACUCUUUCACGUUAUUUUCUCGAUCUUGUUGCUACACCAAGGUCCGAUACUUGCAUUCUCCCUUGCGUUACCACUAACGAGCUGUUGGGAGAUCGAUCAGAACCUAUCAAGGGAUGCUACCUUGAAGGAAUUUACUCUUCGGUUCCAGACAGGCGAGGCGCAUAAGCUCCUGUCCGCUUUUUUCAAGUUGCAAGAAUUGACGGUCUUAAACCUCUUCAACUGUGUAUUUCGACCUCCAGUAACCUUUACGGGGUUUAAUAGGCUCGUAAAGUUUUCCUUUCACCAUGUCAUCAUAACCGCGGAAGUUUUUCUACCGUUGAUCUCCAAUUGCCCGCUACUUAAGGACUUCAGUCUGAUUGGCGAUGAAAAACAUCUCUUGGGAUGUUGGGAUUCUAACUUUCUUGAGUUGUUCGAGUAUUUACCUUUGCUUACACAUAUGUGUAUGAGUUCGUACCCCGUUAAGUGCUUUACUACAGGUUUCAUUCCACAAAAGCUACCAACCUCGCUAGUCCACCUCAAACGUCUUGAUUUACGUGGACAACGUUUUGGCAUAGAAGACGACUUACUUUCUACGCUGUCUUUGGUUACUAGUUGUGAUGUAGAGAUAAUUGAAAUGGAGAUGGAAAAUCAACCAACUGUAGCUAUGUCAAACGGAGCAAUGAACCUUAUUGAUCAGCAAGACUACUCGUAUGUUAUCUUGGAUCAUCUCCGCGUGAUAAAGAUAACAAGCUUCACCAACAUGAAGACAGGAAUGGAUUUUGUGAAGCUUGUUUUAGCCAAGUCCCCUAUGCUAAAGAAAGUGGAUAUACAUAUCCACCAACAAGUUGAUAUUCACGGCGAAUUAAAGAUCGUGAAAGAACUGAUACAGUAUCCGCGUGCAUCAGCUAAAGCAGAAAUCAUAAUAAAUAAAGAGCAGCCUUUGUGUCCAAAGGUCCCCCCGAAGGCGACCCAUAUGCAGACCUGGGUGAUCCAGCCACAGAAUGCAGUCAGACGUGCAUGAUAAUCCCUGUCCCUUGGUUUAUGGAAUUAGCUCCUUUUAUUAUGUAUUUUUGAACUCUUGUUUAAUUUGAUAUUCUACAAAGUUACCCCUUUCUUAUUUUACGUCUAUCUAGUAGUAGUUGGGUUGCUGGAUAUUUAUCAUUGUUUGUGGGAUGAAAGAAACUUGGUUUAUGGAAUUGGCUCCUUUUAUUAUGUAUU